AUAGACACGUGCGAAGAAGCUGUUACUGACUGCUUCCAAUAUGGCCGAAGCUGCUCCGUGUAACGUCGACGAGCUCCUCGCUCAGGCGGAGCGCGACGAGGCGGAGAAGCGCCGCAGCAUCGCCGUGGACAAGGAGCUGGAGCUGGACUUCGACUUGGGCAACCUGCUGGCUUGCGACAAGAACCGCGUGGAUCGUCGCGACUUGACCGCGGACUUCCUGCGCUCGCUGGCUCGCGACAACACGCAGCUUCUCAUCAACGAGCUGUGGAAGCUCCCUACCGAGAGGCUCCAGGAGGCCCUGGUGGUCAAACUACCCGACCCGACUACCUCCUUACCCCGGGAGAAACCGCAGCCCAAGCCCCGACCUCCGACCAAGUGGGAGCAGUUCGCCAAGCUGAAGGGCAUCAAGAAGAAGAAGAAGACCAACCUGGUGUGGGAUGAGACGGCCAAAGAAUGGCGGCGGCGGUGGGGCUACAAGCGGGCCAAGGACGACACCAAGGAGUGGGUCAUCGAGGUCCCGGAGACCGCCGACCCCAACGAGGACCAGUUCGCCAAGCGGGUCGUCGCCAAAAAGGAGCGGGUGGCCAAGAACGAGCUCAACCGGCUGCGGAACAUCGCCCGGGCACAGAAAAUCAAGGUCCCCGGCGUGGGCCUGACUCCUGUCGCCAAGCAGUCCAGGGACGAGCUGAUCCAAGCUGCCAGUGUGGCGCGGACCUCCACUGCCUCGGUUGGGAAGUUCCAGGAGGGGUUGCCCAAGGAGAAGCCCACCAGAGGAACCGGCAUGAAGCGCAAGUUCCAGCCGGUCGUGGGCGACUUCUCCACGGAGAAGAACAAGCAGCUGGAGCUCCUCAAGGCCAUGGAGAGCAAGAGGCCCAAGCUGAACGUCACCAAAGCGGUCAACAAGCAGAUGAGGGAGGAGGACCGAGAGGAGGCCGCAGCCAGGAACAACAAGAGGAGCAAGCAGGCCGGCAGGAAGGGACGCAGGGAUAAUGCGGCGGCCGGCAAGGGGAAAGGCAAGAGGGGCGCUCGGGGGAAACCUGCGGGAGGGAAACCUCAACGAGGAAGAGCUUCGGCCGGGAAGAAGUCCAAACCUGGGAAGCGAUGACUGAAAAGAACUGCACGGACUCAUAAAUUAUCACCAAGAAAAUCCUUGAAUGUUUCAUACAUCCGUCUUUUUAGUUAAGAGUGCAAAUAAACUUUUUCUAAUCAUCCUCAAAUCAUUUCAAGUGGAAUUUUUGCAACCCAACUUCAAUAAAUUUACAGUAAAUGGAGAGAUUCUUCAUGGUAAAUUAAGGAAUUUGAGUAUUUAAAUUGGACAAAUGUUCAGUUUAUUCCUGUUAUCAUAUUCAAGGAAAGGUUUAACCUAGAAUUUGUGUAACCCAAAUGAACUAAAUGCAAUGUUCCCUGAAAAGUAUGUUUAUUCUUAUUUUGGAAAUGUCCACUUUAUUCUUAAUUCUCGCCAUUUGUUAUGGAACAUUUCAAAUUAGAUUAUGUAUUUUUGAAACCCUAUAUAAACUUUGAGAAACUUUUGGGGAAGUU